UGAAAUUACGUUGAGUUACUAAACACCUUGGGCCUCGUUGACCAACUUUCAAUCAUAUAUAUAUUCAGAUAUCACAUAGGAACAAGUCUGGCCAUGUCGGAAACCCGUGAUUUCUCUGCACAAACCCUCUUCAAUGUCAAGGGUUUCGUGGCCGUCGUUACCGGCGGCGGUACGGGCAUCGGUUUAAUGGCAACGCAAGCCCUCGCCGCCAACGGCGCCAAAGUCUAUAUCACGGGGAGACGGAUGGAGGCUCUUGAAAACGCGGCCAAGGAACACCAGCCUGCCAGCGGCGAAGGCCAAAUCAUCCCGCUCGGGCCAUGCGAUGUGACGAAGAAAGAAGACCUGCUGCGCCUAGCAGACGAGGUCGCCAAGAAGGAGAAAGCCAUCAACCUCCUAGUGUGCAAUGCGGGCAUUUCUGGCCCCAAGGCCGAACCAGAACAUGAGGACGCUGAAGACCUGCGUUCGCGCCUCUGGGAUAAUGAGGAAGUUGGCGACUGGCAGGAUAAUUACCAAACGAACGUCACAGCCGUAUACUUUACCACAGUGGCCUUCUUGCCCCUCCUGCAGGCCACUAUGAGACCGAAGGGCUCGCUUGAGCCGUACUCGGCAUCCGUGAUAACCAUCUCAAGCAUGUCGGGCAUCAUGCGACACGCCCAAGGGCACUUCAGCUACAACACCGCCAAGGGCGCCACCGUACAUCUGACGAAGCUCAUGUCUGCCGAGUUCCAGAAGGCCGGCAUCCGCGUCAACUCGAUUGCGCCGGGAUACUUCCCGAGCGAGAUGACGGCCAAGGAGAGCGACGACCGGCAGAAGAGCCACGUGCCCGAGGAGAAGAUCCAGGAGAAGAACCACGUUCCCCUCGCGAGGCCGGGGAGGGAAGUCGAGAUGGGCAUGUCCGUUUUGUAUUUGGCGAAGAACCAGUAUGUCAACGGUGAAAUAAUCGCUGUGGACGGUGGUGUAUUGAAUGUCGUUGCUGGAAGGUAGAAUCGGGCGUUAUAUAAUAUUAGUAUGGUCGGGUCCAACAAGCGUUCGAAAAUAAGUACAUAAUGUGUUAGCUGUAUAUUAGUAUACAUC